AUGAGCCCCGCACUUCAGCCUACCCUGCCUGUCAACAGGACUCCCAAUCCCAGUUGCUCAUGCAUUUUCCCCCUCAGUGCAUUCACCCGUUCAGAGCAUCUACUCAACCCACCACCCCCCACUGCAGGCUACGGCGACCUGUCAGCCUUCACAGUACCGGAGCGCAUCUGGGCGGCGCUGUUCAUGCUGGUGAACCUGGGUCUCACGGCGUACGUGCUGGGCAACAUGACCGUGCUGCUCACCAAGGCCGACGCCCACACCGCCACCUACCGCGACCGCCUUGCCGCCAUCAACAGGUACAUGCGCGCACAUGUGGUGCCGUCGUCACUGCAGGAGCAGGUGCAGGCGCACCUCAAGCUGCACUUCGACACUGCAGAGGUGAGAGGGAGGGCAUAG